GCAUCCUUGGUGUGCAGUGUUCCCAGCCAGUGAGCUCGGUUUGGUGCGAUCGCGGAGCCGAUUACUUUGCUGCAGUUGCCACAUUAACCAAGCCAGUAGUAGACAAUGCCGAAGCAGAUUACCGACAUCCGUGAUUUCCUCCAGAAGGCGCGCCGAAAGGACGCCCGCUCGGUCAAGAUCAAGAAGACCCCGCAGGUCGUCAAGUUCAAGAUCCGCUGCUCCAAGUACCUCUACACGCUCUGCGUCACGGACACGGAGAAGGCCGACAAGCUCACCCAGUCGCUCCCCCCGGGCCUCCAGCGCAAGGACAUCUAAGCGCUCUUUUGCUGACUUCACGGUAGCUUCUUGUGGCGUGGUUGACAGACCCCUUUGGACCUUGGCAUGUUGUUGCAACAUCUCCAUCGAAAAGCCAAGUUUCUUUGGAGAUUAAUAGCCCCCAAUCCAAUGGUUUUGUGACUGCA